UGUGGCUGGGGAAGACGAGCUAAAAUGAGUAAAGUCUCAAGAGAUACGUUGUACGAGGCUGUUCGGGAGGUCCAGGCUGGCUCCAUUUCCAAGAGGAGAAAGUUUCUGGAAACUGUGGAGCUGCAGAUCAGCUUGAAGAACUAUGAUCCCCAGAAGGACAAACGUUUCUCGGGCACUGUCAGGCUGAAGACCACUCCACGUCCCAAAUUCUCAGUGUGUGUUCUCGGUGACCAGCAGCAUUGCGAUGAAGCCAAGGCUGCCGAAAUCCCCCACAUGGACAUUGAGGCACUCAAAAAGCUCAACAAGAACAAGAAGAUGGUCAAGAAACUGGCGAAGAAAUACGAUGCCUUCCUGGCUUCUGAGUCCCUGAUUAAGCAGAUCCCUCGUAUACUGGGCCCUGGUCUGAACAAAGCCGGAAAGUUCCCCUCUCUGCUCACCCACAACGAGAACCUGAAUACCAAGGUGGAUGAGGUCAAAUCCACAAUCAAAUUCCAGAUGAAAAAGGUGCUGUGUCUGGCUGUGGCAGUGGGCCAUGUAAGGAUGUCUGAGGAUGAGCUGGUGUACAACAUUCAUCUUGCUGUUAACUUCUUGGUGUCUCUGCUGAAGAAGAACUGGCAGAAUGUCAGAGCCCUCUACAUCAAGAGCAGUAUGGGAAAGCCUCAGCGUCUCUAUUAGGGGUUCUGUCUUGUACCUUUUCAAUAAUAAAUGUGGAGUGAUCC